AUGUGCGAUAAUGGUUUUGUGAUCACUCGUACGGACUGCGAGAUUGAUAUGAUUCCAGCAUCUAUGUGCGAUGCAGAGGAAGAAGUAACAUCACCAAUGGGGAGUGCGGCAACAGUAGCAGCUGGCUUUGAGUCCUCGGGAAUAAGCGUUAUAGGUGAACAGCAUAGUGCGGCGAAAACGAAAAAAAUUUUGAGGUUGUUUGAAAAUGAUGGUGAAUAUUUCGUGGAGAGGCCACAGCCGCAGUGUGAGGAUAGCAGUAGCGAUUCUAGUGGGACGGGCAGUCGUAAAGUGUCGAAGUUAUGGGAGGUGAUACGCCAUAGUAAAGGCUCUGGCAGACCACUUGUCGAGGGGGAUGUAUUGAAACUUGGCAGAUUCAAAAUAAAAGUGAAGGAAAUUGUGACUACUCCUGAGGAGGCUCGGGAGAGGGAAAAUGAGGCGGAGCGAAGCGGCAGAGAUUUUAGUGAAGAUAGGGCUAGUGCUUUGACGGUUAGCACUGAGUUCAAGGAUGUUGAUGAUGAUUCUGAAGAGGCUCUACCGCUGAGUGAAAAAGUUUGCCGUAUUUGUUAUGAACCCGGGGAGAAAGAGAACCCUCUGGUGGCGCCUUGCAGUGGAUGGACGGACGACUGUGCCUCAGGGAAGACCCUUGUGGAAGCUCUGGAGGUGGACGACAGGGCGGACCGCUCGCGAACAGCUACUUUUGGCGCAGUCUCGAUUCAACAACAGAGCAGUGCGGAGGUGCCGAGGAAGGGCUUGCAUAUCAUGUCCUUGGGAGGCAAUCCUAGGAGCGUCAUACGCGUGGGGAGAGGCCACGAUGCUGAUAGUGGGCGGAGGAGGAGUACCGGGAAAAGUCUUUUGUACGUUGUCAUCAUCGCCGGCAACUUCGUCGGCGAACGGUGGGCCUAUGGUCGUAGCAAGAGGGCCUUCGAGAGAGAGGAGCGUGGAGGGAAGAACGGCUCUGAGGAGGAAGGUGAUGAUGAUGUCGGUGGUCCGGUCCAGCCACAAGCUGUGGUGGACUGCGGUGAGGAGAGGCCGGCUGGGAUCACUCGGGAGGGGACUGCAGCGGCUGUUGAGAGGAUGUUAUCUUUGGGAAUUCCUGAGCUCAGCUGA